CCUGGUUUCAUUCUUGAGAGGAUCUUAGCCUGAAUACAUUACUCUGUGUUUUUCUCCGACCUCCAGGAUGGACCUGUCUGUGGUCAGGUGGUCGAGCAUAGAGUACAACCUUCAAGACUAUGUUGCCACAUUCUAUGACUCAUUUCCAAACAUCAUUAAAGUAACAGAGGGAUUUCUGGGGAAGCAGGAGAUAGAUAGUGUGAGCUCCAGUACGGUAAGUACCCAUGCAGGUUGCACUUCUCAACUUUGCUUCAACUUCUGAGACAUCGACAUUUCUAUUCUAUAAAAUUAAAGUGGUAUCUCCGAUACUAUUAGUCAUAUUUGUGAUACUGACUAUACUGACUGAGUUUUAUUUUUGCCUUUCCACCUGUAUGGUUUAGAUAAAACUGCGUGUUAAACAUUAGCAGUAAAAAGGGACUCAAAAUGUAACUUUUUAGUCUAAAAUUGUGUUUUAUUUUUAGUUCGACUUUUUUUAUACCAUAUUUUGAUAUUAUUAUGAUAUUUUAUAUUGUAUACUAUAUAUGGUUAUUAUUAUGAUAUAGUUUUGUAUUUUCAUGUUGUAAUGGCUAUCUCAUGUUGAACCUUUCAUAAAAGAAAUAUAAUUUAGGACAAUGGAUAGAAGAGAAUUGUUGUGCAAUAAAAAGUUUUAAACAUUGCAGACUUUGGCACCUAUUAUUAUGUGCUAACAAAAUUCCCGAAUAACAAUGAGAUAUGUUUCUGAUUUGCUUUCUGAAAAUAAUCAUUUUUUACUUAUACACAAACAUAAAUAUUGAGGUGUUGUCCCCACAAUCACUUAAAGGGUCACUCCAGACCCCUAACGCAUGUUAGCUUGCUGAAAUGCUUUAUGUGUGAAGAAUGUGUACUCUUUAAUUCAUUUUGCAAAAAGUGCAGAUUUCAAUAGAAAUUGACACUUUAUCAAUUAACUGGUAACACCCUCUUGACCUUCAAGCAGACAACAUCGUCUGUUACUUCCUGGUUUGGUUAGUUCAGUGGAGCUAAACUCAAGAGGCAGCAAUAGCUCAGAGCACUUGUCUUGCAAAGACUUCUCAUUGAGCUGCAAUGGAAAGUCUGUGAUUGGACAGCCACAGAAAGUCAGGGGGUUUAGGAGGGUAGGGAUUGCAAAGUUUGAACUGCAACUUUUGCAUGCUGUUUUUAGAUAUAGCUCAAUGAAAAAAUGCAUCAUUAAAUGCAUGCAAGUUUUUAUUUAGGGUAUAUCUACUAAACAGUGAUUUUUAUCCAUUUUGCAUUUGGGCAGCAGAUUGUCCUUUUUAAUAGCUAUUUAUUAUUUGUGAAAGCACAUGCUAAACUGUUUGUGAGGAAAGGUGGACAAUUAAAUACCAGUUUAACAGGACUAUAAAAUGGAAAAAUUACAUUUUCCAGUUUAUUCUCCUCCGGGAUGGCCGUAACUUCAAACCAGUGUUGGUAACUGAUAGCGAAAUUUUCAGACUUUUGGCUGUAUCGAUUAGCAGUUAUAAAAGCAUUCACAUCAAAAUUCACAAAUCUUUAUUCCGCCAGUACCACAGCCAAAGUUAGAGAAUAUAAAAAUCAUAUAACUGGGCCUAUUUGGUCUUGUCCCUGACGGCACGGAAACACGUCGGACCUUUCUUUUAUUUAUUUGUUUAUUUAUAAAUUACUGUUAUUUUGAGCAACAUGUGACACUGGGGAAUUUUACAGGGAUAAGUGUGAGUGAUUUAGUUUGUCUUUGUCAAUACUGGAUCCAUGUGUGGGCAAUGACAAAUGAAUUAAAGACGACUUCAGAUUCCAUUAGUAUAUUGUGACUAAUUUUGUCCCAAUACAGUAAAUCAGUGAUUUUUUUUUUGUCCUAAUUAUAUACAUUUGUAGCCAUCCAGCAAUAUGCAAGUAUGUGUAAAGGCGUACUACCCGCUAUACAUUAAUUUGGGGCAGCUAGUUAUUAAGUGGACCACAACUUCGCAAAUGAAUACGAUCUUUUAGUAUGCACUGCUCAGAAUUAUUCUUACGUACUACUGGGGGUAGCUUGUAACACUCGGUUUUAGCUAAUACAACAGGGUUGGGCAGCAAGCCUCCCAAAUAAAUGAUUUGAUGUGGCGGAUGCAUUGAACGUCCGUUGAAAGUUUUAACUCUGCAUCCCGUGAGCUUAUCCAAAGAGGACCUUUUUUUAGAAUUUCUUUGCUACAUCUAAUGUCACUAUUAAUUUUAUAUACAUUGAUUUAGGAUCUGUGUUAGUAUUUAAUCUUAUAAUUGCAAAGGUGUCUCUACAUGUAUUCCGUUUCUUUGUAACCUCUCUUAAUACAUGUUCUUGCAACAUUAUCUUGAGAUAAGAUGUAUCCAUUAUAUGACUGUUUCAUGAUUUAGCACUUAUCUAUUGACACAUCCUCAGUUGCCCUCUCUCCAGCCAGCCAUGUAUGUAUGGGUUUUACUAGCUAUAGAACUUCAUAUCCAUAAUUUCCCUAUACAUUCUAGCUAGCUUUCGACAGUUUUUUCCCUCUAACAAUGUCCAUUGGUUAGUUUUCACAUUAUUCAGUGUGUGUGUGUGUUGCUUUCACUCUAUGAUUUAAUUACAUUUUUUUUUGUUUUCUGUUUUUUUUAAAAGGAUGUCUUUAUAAAGUUUACAGUUUAUAUAUAUAUAUAUAUUUUUUUUCUUUUUGGUAGGCAGUUCUGUUAUUGGGGACACUUUCAGUAGAUAGUUUUUGAGUGUAAAUCAUUUAUGAGGAUUAUCCCCUUUGUAGGUUUUUACCUGGAUGGUCAGCUUGGAUUCCCUCAUUUAGAUAACCCUCCCCUAUUUCAUUUAUGUCUUUAAAAUAAGCCUGGUGAAGCACAAUCCUACUGAUAUUUCUUGAAUAACAGGCAGUUGCAAAACUAAUAUCCUCACAUGGACUCCUAUGCGCUAGGAUUAUUCCUUUGGCUUCCUACUUCUUGGAUAAAUCAGAAAGUCCAUUGUGAGAACAACAAUGAGCAUUAAAACCCUCAGCUUUUUAGCACUAUACACAUGCUUAAGUGCCAGGUUGUCAGGCUGCCAUUUUGUAUUGUUAGUUUGUCUGAUAGUUGCACCAACAGAUAUCAUAAACACACAACAUGAAGCACGCCAAUGGGAUGCUUCCUGUCUCAGCCACACAUUCUAGUCUUGCAAACAUUCCACCUGAAUUGGUAAAUCAAAGCACAACUGGGUGACUUGUAAAGUUCCCCAGGUUAUUCUAUAAAAUGGACGGCACAUUAUUCAACCUUGCAGUAAGGCUUUUCUUUACCUUUGUAUAUGUCUAGGUGAUUGCAGCCUAGCACAUCUGUGAUAUGUGCCCCUGAAGGCACAAUUCUAUUGGAUUAAGUCUAGUUUUUGGUUAAGCAAGAUUCCCCUCUUUUGACACUGAGUUUUAUAGAAACAUAGAAUGUGACGGCAGAUAAGGACCAUUCGGCCCAUCUAGUCUGCCCAACUUUCUAAAUACUUUCAUUAGUCCCUGGCCUUAUCUUAUAGUUAGGAUAGCCUUAUGCCUAUCCCACGCAUGCUUAAACUCCUUUACUGUGUUAACCUCUACCACUUCAGCUGGAAGGCUAUUCCAUGCAUCCACUACCCUCUCAGUAAAGUAAUACUUCCUGAUAUUAUUUUUAAACCUUUGUCCCUCUUAAUUUAAGACUACCUCUUGUUGUAGUAGAUUUUCCUCUUUAAAUAUAGUUUCCUCUGUAAACUGUGAACACAAACAACAGUAGUGUGCAGCGCUAAUCAAUAAUACCACCAAGUACAAUAUAAUGCAUGCACUAUAAUAGUGUAAACCCAAUAAGAGAACACACACAAAUACCCCAGAAUAUACAGGAUCAGAUGGUAUAACAUUCAAUAGUACAUCCCAUUUCUGAAAGUCUGUAUUGGGUGAUGGUGUUUCUUGCUGGUUUCAAGGAUAUUCCUCUGUAUGAAGCUUGUUCCUCGAAGUAAAUAGUGUAGAACAGGCAUACAAAUUGAAUUUCAAGUAUAACCAUUUAUUAGUAAAAAAUAUAAAAAUCUUACAUCAAAGUAAUGAUGAUGCCGUUCACAGGUAAGUACCAUACACACAGCACAACGCGUUUCGACGAACUCACUCGUCUUCCUCAGGUGCAACAUUAAAUCACAAGCUUCAAAUACAUUUAAAUCUAAAAAAUAGCGCGGGAAACGGGUACCUCCAACCCGCCCCCUUUGCCCAACAACCAAUCGACCGUGCAGGUUUUCAUUCUUCUUUUGGUCCCAUCCGGUUACUGUAGUCGCGGUUGUUUCACUUCCGGUUUUCCGCACUAAGCGUUUCACUUCCGGGUUUUAUGCGUUCCACGAAAAACCAAUCCGAUUCUCUAUGCGUUCCAAAGGGAUUCACUAUGCGUUCCAAAGAUCGUUCCUUUGGUCUCUGGAUAUAUGGACUCUGGAAAUCCCAACUUAAAGUCCAUAAUGGCCAUAAUAAAUGUCCAUACAUUAAAUAAAGGGGAAAGAAGGGAAUAUAUAAAAUAAUUAUAAAAAACACCAUAUAAAAUACAGACUAAAAGUAAAUAUAAAACUAUCAGGUACCUAUAGUGUAAAUAGUUCCUUAAAAUUAAAUAUAAUUGUACAUAUCAAAAUCGAUAUUUAACCCUUGAGGAGAGAGGGUUUCCAAGUCGAAGAUCCAUCUCAUUUCUGUUUUGUUAAGGAUCCUCACAUGGUCACCCCCUCUCCAGGGUUUUAAAACCUUCUGAAUUCCCAUAAAAUGCAGUACUUUUAUGUCUCCAUUAUGUUUUUGGUGUAUAUGAGCAGACACAGAAUGGGUUAAUACCCCAUUCUGUAUAUUUCUCAAAUGUUCGCUAAUCCUGGUUUUCAAUGGUCGUAUAGUUCGACCCACGUAUUGCAAGCCACAUAUACACGUUAAUAAAUAAAUAAUAUUGUUAGAACUACAAGUUAUGAACUCUUUAACAUUAUAUUCCUUAUUCGUUAUAUUAGACUGAAAUUUUUCUGUUUUUCUAGUUAAAAUUCUACUAGUUUUACACGCUCUACAGUUUCCACAGUUAUAGAAACCUCUUAGGGUGUUUCCAUGUACAUCUUUAUUUAACCCUAUUUCCUUCGGAAUAUAGCUACGGGUCAAAAUAUUUUUAAAAUUAUUGGCACCCCUAUAUAUUACCCGUGGUUUAUCUCCUAUAAAGGAGUACAAAUCUUCAUUUUGUUUUAAAAUGUGCCAAUGCUUUUUUAAAAUUUUAUGAAAAGAAUGGCUUUGAGAGUUAAAAUCACAAGUAAAAGAAACCCUUUCUUCCCUAAUAUCCUUAUCUCUCUUUGGAGGUACCCGUUUCCCGCGCUCUUUUUUAUAUUUAAAUGUAUUUGAAGCUUGUGAUUUAAUGUUGCACCUGAGGAAGACGAGUGAGUUCGUCGAAACGCGUUGUGCUGUGUGUAUGGUACUUACCUGUGAAGGCAUCAUCAUUACUUUGAUGUAAGAUUUUUAUAUUUUUUACUAAUAAAUGGUUAUACUUGAAAUUCAAUUUGUAUGCCUGUUCUACACUAUUUACUUCGAGGAACAAGCUUCAUACAGAGGAAUAUCCUUGAAACCAGCAAGAAACACCAUAACCCAAUACAGACUUUCAGAAAUGGGAUGUACUAUUGAAUGUUAUACCAUCUGAUCCUGUAUAUUCUGGGGUAUUUGUGUGUGUUCUCUUAUUGGGUUUACACUAUUAUAGUGCAUGCAUUAUAUUGUACUUGGUGGUAUUAUUGAUUAGCGCUGCACACUACUGUUGUUUGUGUUCACUUUGUGUUGUGGGAUUUAGUGAUUUUUCCCAUUAAGUGUGUUUCAGCUGCUCCUUGUAGCGCCACGGAUUAGACUAUCUUUUCCCUUUGUACCUCUGUAAACUGUGUUGAUUCCCUUUAUGUAUUUAAAUGUUUCUAUCAUAUCCCCCCUGUCUCGUCUUUCCUCCAAGCUAUACAUGUUAAGAUCCUUUAACCUUCCUGGUAAGUUUUAUCCCGCAAUCCAUGAACCAGUUUAGUAGCCCUUCUCUGAACCCUCUCUAAGGUAUCAAUAUCCUUCUGAAGAUACGGUCUCCAGUACUGUGUACAAUACUCCAAGUGAGGUCUCACCAGUGUUCUGUACAAUGGCAUGAGCACUUCCCUCUUUCUCCAUUGAAGACAUAGAUGUUUAGGAUCCUUGUAAAGUUUAAUUUAAUAUUGCCAGCCACCUAACCCAUUCCCGCUGCUCAUACAUCAAGUAAAUCCAUUCAGUCCUGAGGUCUUUUUUUCUCACCUCCUCUGUUACUUUAUUACAAAUUUGUAAUAAAAAAAAUGCUUUGCAAUUUACUGUAGUUAUUUCUCUGUCAUAGCUAAAUAUGGAUAAAGUGAGGAAGAAGUCGACAUACCUUAUUUUAUGUUGGGGAAUUCAUCUGCUUUGGAAAUAAAUGUAAUAUUUGCCCUUUUUGUUUUUUUGUUAUCACUUUAAUAUAUAUAUAAAACAUUUUGGUUCCAAUUACCUGCUACUAAAUGAAUGCGGCAGCGAGGCUCAUUUUACUGUCCGCCCGCACCUCUCAUGCCUCCCCGCUCUGUCAGUUCCUGCAUUGGCUUCCAGUUAGAUAUAGAGCUCAAUUUAAAAUUCUGGUGCUUGCUUACAAGUCUCUACAUAAUGCUGCUCCAACUGUCCUGUCGAAGCCCCUGCACUCUGCCGAAGACCUCCGUAUAUCCUCUGUCCGUACUCCCACAUCUGAUGCUCGCCUCCAAGACUUCUCCAGGGCUGCACCUCUUCUGUGGAACUCCUUUCCCUUCUCCGUUAGACUUUCACCCAGUCUCCACUCCUUCAAAAAAUUAUUGAAAACACACUUCUUCAGGAAAGCAUUUCAUUUAAACUGUUAGCAGGUUUUCAUCGCCUCUCCCCCAUGACUCCUCUCCUGCAACUGUCAAAAAUGACCUACUAAGCCCUCAAUUAAUACUUUUCUAACAACCUACUUCAUACCCCUACUUUUACCCUUUGUGUCACUAUACCCCACUCCCUCUAGAAUGAAAGCUCAUUGAGCAGGGCCCUCCACCUCUCUGUUCCUGUACGUCCAGUCAUCUGGUUACAAUUAAAUGUCUGUUAGUCCACCCAUUGUACAGCGCUAUGGAAUUUGAUGGUGCUAUAUAAAUAACAAAAUAAUAAUAAUAAUACUAAUUCAUUAAUUGCACUUUUCGCUUCCUUUGUUUUUUUUUAACAUUAAUGUAAUAAUAGCUUAUUAACUUUUGCCUUUGGGUGAAAUCAACAGUUUAUUUCUAUUAUUCAUAGAAUGGAUCUGUGUUUGAGAAUGGGUGAGACAAGGAAAAGCAAGACUAUCUAGCUAUUGCAGGUGGCCUGAUGUAGAUAUCUGAUGUUUGUGUCACGGUCCAAGACACAGAAAAUCAAUAUAGUCAUGGGUAGUGACCCAAUCACACAGUCACGUGGCUAGCAUUAGUUAUAUAAAGCCAACUUCAGGAUUCCAUUGAUCUUUGUUCUGCCGGUAUUACCAAAGUCAGAGAUUAUGAACAUCUUAAAACUGGGCCUAACCUAUGAUCAGUUAUAUAAAGCCAAUUUAAGGAAUUUAUUACGGAUCCAUCACAGCACAGAAAUAAAUUCCAUGCAGCUUUUUUUCCUGAAGUCUACAAAAAAGUACUAUAGAAUAAAGCAAUUUGAACCAAAUCAGGAGCUUUCUAGAGGCUCAGUUUGACAGUGUCCUAUAAAUGCUUUGAGUCUGCAAGGGAAGGAGGGUUUUCUGUUUAAAUAGUUUGUUACCAUUAUUAAUCCCCAUAAUAAAAACAGUUUGGCAUUUUGUGGCAUUGUCAUUGAAAAACAGCAUAAAUUAUAUAUAAUAUGCAAUACUACAAUUGCAUCGCAACACAUUUAGAGUUAUUCACUAACGUGUGAAUAAUAGUGAAUUUAAAGUGAAUGUCAAAUUUUAGGACGAAAUAGUCAAAAGAAAAAUUCAGCCAUGCUUUAAGCUCAGCGGAUUUGACCGAACAUUUGAAAUUCACUUUAAAUUUUCUUUGAAUUCCUGACAAUUCAAAGUUUUUCAGUUCCGUGAAAGACCUUAAUUUGUAUGUAAUUAUUUCUGUCACCAAGCUAUAAAAAGGAAUAUAUUGAUUUAUAUACUUAUAUAAAUCAAUAUAUUGAUUUAUAUCAGUUAUAAAUGUGAACAUAUUAAAAUCGCAUCAUCAGUCAAUUUGAAUACUCUGUGAAUGAAAUUACUGCUGUAGGAAGAUACAGUUCCCACCCCGGUUUUAUCAAUGUCACUUGUCAAUUACGCACAAUUCCUGGUUUAAAGAUUAAACCUCACAGGUUAACACAGAGCAUUAUUCAUAACGUCUCUAUCACUUUAAGGAGUGUUUUCUAGAUUGCAUGCAAAAAUUAGUUUCUUUUCUUUACGUCAGUUGAGUAACAGUUGAAGAUUCCUGUCAUGUCUAGUUACAUAUAAACUUAAUAAUGAUAACAGAUUUAUUUAUUUAUAAUAUAUUUUACCAGGAAGGAUGCAUUUCUCUCGUUUUUCAAGUAUGUCCUGGGUCCACGAAACAUUAAUACAAUAGGGUACAAUAAAACACAAAAACAAUAUUAAUACACAAUUUAUACAAAAUGUAACAUAGAACAGGUAGGAAAUAUAUAAUCAACCAUGACACAUGCAUUCUGUUUUGAGAUAUAUAGAUAGGGAUCUCUUAAAGCCAACUGACUCAGCCUGUCCAACAGCUUUCUAUCUAAACUUUUUAUAUUUGUCGACUUCUCAAGACUAGGCGGAAGGUGCCAAAGAUCGUACGAGAAAAUAAUUCUUGUAUAAAUUCUUUGUUUUUUGUACCAGAAAUGCAUAGUUUAGAAUUUCUUAACUUUUUAAAAAUUAUUUUUCAAAUAAUAAAACAAUUUAGAAUACGUGGAGGGCGUUAGAAGCAGAACGUUUCAGCAAAUGGAAUAAAGAGCAGUACAUUACAAGACAAAUUCUAAGACAAACAGUAACAGUUGUGAAUGGAUAAAAACAGAGAGCAGUUUACGUAAUGAUUUUUAAGCAAGAACAAACAAGUAUAUUAUAUACUCUGUGCUUUAUUGCUACAAAAAACAAACAAAGUUUAUUUGGGAUAUGGCAUCAAUGCAAACAGCCUAAUAUUUUGUAGACAUAAAUUGUUGGAACUGUGUGUGUGUGUGUUUGCAAUAUUACCGGAGAGGGAAAAUGGCAAAGGAGAAUAUAUUAUUAUUAUUAUUAUUAUUUUAUUAUUUAUAUAGCGCCAACAAAUUCCGUAGCGCUGUACAAAUUCCGUAGCGCUGUAUAAUGAGGAACAUGAGGGGGCAAGUUCAGGAAAGGGUUAACAGUAAAAAGACCAAAUAUGCAGCAGUGAAUGGACAAAGUCAGCAGGAGAAAAGAAAGAGGGAGAUGUAGAUGGUUUGUAUAGUUAUGUGUAUGAAGCUAUAUACACAUACAUACAUUUAUAUACACACCUGCAUACAUAAACACACAUACAUACUUGUACUUUUACGUGUACAUAUAAGACCAGUGUUUUUUUUUUUUUUUUUAAUGAAUCAAUAAUGAAUAGGCGCACUUGAUUUAACUCCUUCACAAUCCAGCACUUUUUGAUAAAAAAUAUACUAGCAUUUUGUUUAACAUGGCCCAAGCAUAUUUGAGGCAAUGGAUGCAUAACUAGCAUAUAAACAUAUUAUAACACAGCCCAUUUAUGUAUAAAUUGGUUAGCAUGCAAACUUAAAGGGACACUAUAGUCAUCAAAACAACAACUGUAGCUUUAUGAAGCCGUUUUGGUGUAUAGAUCAUGCCCCUUCAGUCUCACUGCUCAAUUCUCUGCUAUUAAGCAGUUAAAUCACUAUGUUUAUGUAGCACGAGCCAAACAGGAUUCCCUCUAUUUGUUUAAGCUGCUAGUUGUAUCAUUUAAUCUAGCCAACAUAUUUUCCAUCUCGUGAUGUUCGAUAUAUAGAAGUGCAAAUCAGCUAAACUGAAUUGAGAGUAAUUCUUAAGUAACUUCCCCAGAGUUUGCCAUUGAGAACUGCGUACACUACUCCAAGUCAGAUCUCACCAGUGUUCUGUACAAUGGCACAAGCACUUCAAAUCCCUUUAACAUAAAAGUACUCCUAUAUCUGACUGUAUAAAAGACUUCUAGAUCACCAGAGUUGAUGAUUAAAUUGCCAAAAUAAUUGCGGCAUCAUUUAUUUUUUUAAAUAUUAACCCCUCAAGGACACAUGGCAUGUGUGACAUGUCAUGAUUCCCGUUUAUUCCAGAAGUUUGGUCCUUAAGGGGUUAAAUCACACCGCAUUAAAUCAAGUUGUGUAUCAGCUCAAUUGUCUGUCAAGGCAAACCUUGCCAUCAGCAAACAAAAUGAUCUGCUAGAGUUCCACUAAACUUUAACCUUAACUUUCCAUUCUUUGGUAGAAGCAAUAGUUGCAUCGAACCUUUACUUAGAAUGGUUAGAAUAAAUAACAAGCACAAUAUAAAUAUAUGGGAGGCUUUCCUUUAACCCCAUAAGCUGCUGGUAGUAUUGUUCUUCCAUCAAUCAAUUAUUAUUAUUUUGUAAAAUAUUUUACAUAGCCUUUUUGACCCCAACCAGUGGACAAACAAGUGGACCGUUUGAGUAAAAUGCAUACAGGGGCUGACUGACCGGUCGGGCACUUCGGACAUGGUCCGAGGGCCCGGCCGGGAGGGGGGCCCGCCGCAAGGGCUGGAUUGGGGGCGGCAUCUGGGGACUUCAGAGGAAGGUGCCACCGGGUGGCCGGUCCGGUGGCACACUGUGAGGGGGCCGGCCACGUUUCAUGCUGGAGCCGCCGGACCGGGUGGCAGCCUGUGCUGGGAAUUGUGGGAACCGCAGGGAGCAUGACAGAGAGACAUGCUCCUCCUCCUUCAGCGUUAGUGAGAGGAAUGCCGCCGGACCAGCGAGGCUGCCACCAGGUCCGGCGGCUCCAGCAUGAAAGCGUGUACGGCCCCCCUCAGACUUAGUAAGAGGGGGCAAUAGAGAAUGGGGAGGGGAGAAAGAGCAGGGGGAACAGAAUAUGGGAGGGAGAAAAGAGGGGAACAGAGAUGGGAGAGGGAGAAAGAGAACAGAAUAUGGGAGAAUUGAGAAAGAGGUUUCUGUAGAAGAUAUGGGGAGAGGGGAGAAAAGAGGGAAACAGAGAUGGGGAGGGAGAAAAGAGGGAAGAAUAGAGACACAGGAGUGAGAAAAGAGGGAAUAGAGAUGGGGAGGGAGACAGAGAGAGGAAGAAUAGAGACACGGGGAGAAAAGAGGAAAUAGAGAUAGGGAGGGAGAAAGAAAAGGCAAGAGGGAAGGAAUAAGAGAGACACAGGGGGAGAAAGAGGGGGAAUAGAGAGUUGGGGAGGGAGGAGAAAGAGAGGGAAGAAUGAGACACAGGGGGAGAAAGAGAUGGGGAGGGGGGAGAAAGAGACAGAGAGAAAAAGAGAUAUGGGGGAGAGAGUGACAGGGAAAGGGGGGAGAAAAACAGUGGAAGAGAGGGAGAAAGAGGCAGAGGGGUAAGAGAGACUGGGAAGGAGGGGGGAGAAAGAAACAUACAGAGGGACGGGGGGAGACAAAAAUGCUCACAGAAGGGCUGUAUAUAUCACUGGUGGAUCCAGGGGGGCAACGGGGCAAUUGCCCCCUCUCCCCUGUCCGCAGGCACCGUGCGGGCAGGGGAGGAAGGAAGAGAGGACCUGGGAGCUCACCCUGCAGCUCCUCUGGGUCCUUCUUGCACGAGCACAGAGCGUUGCCGCGAUUACCAUGGGGGUAAUAACUGCUUGAUCCAAGGAUAAAUCUGACUGCCAUUCUGGGGUCAAGAAGGAAUUUUUUUCCUAGCUUGUUGCAAAAUUGUGCUUCAAACUGUUUUUUUUUGCCUUCUUUUGGAUCAACAGCAAAAAACAAAUGUGAGGAAGGCUGAACUUGAUGGACGCAAGUCUCUUUUCAGCUAUGUAACUAUGUAACUAUGUAACGUUACCGCUCUUGCGAGAGUCAACUCUAGCCCUGGAGCUACGGUCUAGUGUUCACUCUCAACACUGUGACCCCAAGGGAUUCCUGGUGGUCGCAGUGGUGAGAGUGAACUCUAGCCCCAUAAACACACUGCCCCCACACACACCAUACCCAUUCACACACUGCCCCCAUACACACCAUACACAUUUACACACAUUGCCUCACACACACACAUACACUGCCCACCCAUAUACACACAGACCCCCAUACACAGCCCCCAUACUAACAUUGCCACACACAUACACAGCCCACACACCCUACACAUUCACACACUACACCCCCACACACACUGAACCUUUCACACACAUUGCACCACUGCUCCUAUUCCCUACUACAGCCCCAUAUCCCAGCAGAUCCCAGGUAAGUUGUCAAACUGUUCUUAAAUGGUUUGACUACUUACUCUGGAGCAGUAGUGGUUAUUGUGCAUGGAUUAUUUCUUUAAAUAAUCUACAAGUGCCCCAGUAGCCAGCCAGGCUGGCCAGUAGCCAGCCAGUUAGCCAGCCCACAGGCCAGUAGCCAGCCCACAGGCCUACAGCAAGCCACAGGCUUACAGCCAGCAAGCCCACAGCCUGCCAGCCGCAGCCACAGCCUGCCAGCCGCAGUCAGCAAGCCCACAGCCUGCCGGCAGUAGCCAGCAAGCCCACAGCCUGCCAGCCACAGCAAGCAAGCCCACAGACUGCCAGCCAGCAACAGUAAUUAAGGUAAGAGGAGCCAACUUGGCCUAGGUAUCAGCGAGCUAUGUUGUGUUGCUAUAUUGUGAAUAGGAACCAGAGUGUUGGAGAGACCACCCUCCAGGCCCCAUUAGACUCCAUUGUAGUCUCUAAUGGGGCCUGGAGGAGAUUCUUUCUAACACACUCUCUAAAGGACACUGAGAUAGCCUCUGCUAGAAAUCCCCUCCAUGGCCCAUUAGCCCUCAAUUGUAGUCUCUACUGGGGCCUGGAGGCGACUGUUUCCAGCAGGGCAUAUCUAAUGGACGCUGAGAUGGCCUCUGUUAGAAAGACCCCCUUCCAAGCCUAUUAGACUCCAUUGUAGUCUCUAAUGGGGCUUGGAGGGGAUUCUUUCUAACACACUCUCUAAAGGACACUGAGAUAGCCUCCGCUAGAAAGACCCCCCUCCAUGGCCCACUAGCCCUCAAUUGUAGUCUCUGCUGGGGCCUCGAAGGGCUUAUUGCCCUUUUGUUCCUUGUGUCUAAAGAUUGUGUAGGGUGUGGCUGGAGGCGGUGCAUGGAGGCGGGACAAGGGUGGUGCUUGCUGCAGAGUAUGGGUGGGGCCUGUAAGGGGGCCCUUGAUUUAUUUUGCCCUGGGGCCCUGGGGGUUCUCAGUCCGCCCCUGAAUGCAUAAUAAAAAUUACUUUGUAAUCAGAAUGUUUACUAUCAUUCUAGCUAUCAGUGACUAACCCUCUCCUCCACACAACAAGGAUAAAUAUGUUCUUGGAGUCUCAAAAAUAGUAUAGAAUAAUUAUAGUGACUUGGAGUACUUCCAAGUGCAUGGAAAGGCUCCAGCCACCCAUUGAAGAAUCCCCAUUAUUAAUAUAUAUUGUGUCUAUUUCUCAUUAUUCCUACAUCCCAAGUUAUAGAAGGGUAAUGUAUGGCUUUCAUGAUAAGGAAAGGGAGUAGCACAUGUCAUGAUACAGCCGUGAUAAAGAAAGGUGAUGCAGGUCAUGAUAUGUCAUUAUAUGGGAGGGUAACACAUUUUUCUGUGCUCUGUAUAUGCAAUGAUGCAAUACCCAAGUGCCAUUGUCAAAAUACUAAAGGACAAAGGGAAGCUAGGACCCUUGAUAACUGUGUAAAGCAACAAAGACCAGUUCUGGCCAAGGGAACAGUUCCUAGAAUUUCCAAUUGUUCCUGGUGGCAAGGUAAAAAUAUAGUUUGCUUAUAUGAAAAUCGUUUUUAACCCCUUAAGGACACAUGACAUGUGUGACAUGUCAUGAUUCCCUUUUAUUCCUGAAGUUUAGUCCUUAAGGGGUUAAAGCUCUGUGGUUGUUUUGUGGCACUCAGUCCAUCCCAGGUAUAUUCUGUAUAAUUUUUGGUAUAUUAUCUCUAGAUCGUAUCACUAAGGAAUGGACCAUUCCUAUGGAGUCAAGUGAACCCUUUGGCUUUUCUACCUAUUGUUAGAAUCAGCAAUGUUCGCUGUGUGUAGAUCGUGGUUUUUCUACUCUCUUUUUGCCUUAAGGCAGCCUGUAAUUCAAUGAGGUGAACAGGUAUGUGAGAUGUUGGCACGUGGUAUAGAUACAGUAAGGGAAAAAAGAAACUGAUCCCCUGCUGAUUUUGAAAUACUUAUUUCACUCAUUGACAUGUAAAUCAAUCUAUAAUUUUUUUGACAUGCGUUUUUCUGAAUUUCUUUUUUUGUUAUUCUGUCUCUCACUGUUAAAAUACACCUUCCAUUAAAAUUACAGACUGGUAAUUUCUUUGUCAGUGGGCAAAUGUUCAAAAUUUAGCAGGGGAUCAAAUACUUUUUCUCCUCACUGUAGCAUCUGUAAUAAUAAGCAUCUAAUAUGUUGAUCUUUGGAUACAUUUCCUCUUCAGAUUAUGUAACCAUAAUGAUCUGGUAAUGAGUCUACAUUUGAAUGUGCCACUCGUUAACAGGAUGCAAUAUCUUUGCCCUGGUGGUAAACAAGUUGAACAUUCCAUUCCAUAAUAAUAUAUAGGGAUGUUCCUGGGCAAGAAAUUCGGCGCUUUGGCAAUUCCCUAACCAUAAACUCUACCUCUAACCCUACCCCUAAUCCCAUACCCCUACCCCAAUCCCUAAUCCCAACCCUAACCACCACAACCACUUACACAUCUAGGGUUAGGGGUAGGGUUAGAUUUCUGUCAUCAUUCCCAUAAUUUUCCCUCCCUGUCCUGUUUUGCCACUUUUCAGAAAUCCAAAGCACUUCGGCACUUCCGAAAUUCAUCCGAAUUUGAAUUCAGAACUAAACGACUUGCACGUCUAAUAAUAAAAAGUAAUCAAGAAUUACAGAGAAAACCAGAUAUAAACUACAACAAAAUGAAUCAGGAUGCUGGUGGGAAAAGGCUGACUGGAGAUGGACCACAACACAGUGUGACAGAGGAUGAACGAAUGUCAGAGACAUCUUUUAAAAUAUCCAUUGUGCAUCAUUGGCAAUGCUCUUUGGCAUAGACUUUUAAACGAGAAUGUCCUGUUUCACGCUAACAUUUCUUGCGUAUGAAACAAUAGAUACGUGGAAAAUAGUGACUUUUUGAGGUAGUGCUAUCUUUACAAAAGCCUGUCUUUAAACAGAAACAUUCUUUUAUAUUUAAGCUAAACACUUUGUCCUUGGAGGAAGUAGGUUUGAAAAAAAAAUGCUACUGUUCUACAGGAUUUUUUUUUGCUUGUGAAUUAUACAGAAAUAACCAUACGGCUAAGCCUAGAGUUAUAUAGUAAUUGUGUUCUUAUAAAAUGGGUUACUUAAAGAAUGUAUUUGGCUUCAUUCACAACCACCUGUUUUGGUGGCAGGACCUUAGGACCUUCCAGCAAUUGUGCAGAUCACAGAACGAUGCUUGUCUGAUUACUUGUACUGUAGUUGUAACAGCAGUUAUAGUUCAGCAUUCUGCUGAAACAUUGAGGUCGUAACUUGUAAUGCAGUUUGUGAGAAAUUUCAUCCUUGGUUGUUGGCUCGCGUGAAACAUUGCGACUUAUUGCGAAGUCUAGUAAGUCCCAUUUGAACUUUAACUGACAACUAUUAAGGCAGAUAUCAUCAUCCUCCUGGACAGGGGAGUGAAAUAUUUUACCACAUAACUAUGUGGCCAAGUAUACUUUGCUCCUUUUUGCUGAAACUUUGCUUUUGACCGUGCUCGUCUGGGACUCAUGUCCUUUUCAGUGGUGUUUGCAGGAAUCAUGAAGCAUAUAGCAGGUGGUGAAACAGGAUUAAGUGAAACAGGAUGAGGAUCCCCACCAGGAACAUGUCAGAAGGCCCUUGUCUUGUCUGAGACUGUCAAGGAGGCAGAUCAGGGGCAGAGCCAGCACAAGUCAAACACAGCCCUGGCCAAUCAGCAUCUCCUCAUAGAGAUACAUUGAAUCAAAGCAUCUCUAUGAGGAAAGUUCAGUGUCUCCAUGCAGAGGGUGGAGACACUGAAUGGCAGUGCUGUUCACUGUGCAGCACUGCCACAGGAAGCACCUCUAGUGGCCAUCUGAGGAGUGGCCAGUGGAGGUAUCCCUAGGCUGUAAUGUAAACACUGCAUAUAAGACAUUUUCAAACUGUAAUACACUGCAAAGACAGAAAUAAAACAAUGUAGAGGAAUAACUAACUCACCAACAAAAGCAAAAAUACAGGGCAGUAGCAGGGUCGGACUGGCCCACUGGGAUACCGGGAAAUUUCACAGUGGGCCGCAGCACCUGGGGCCGAGCAGACAGCCCAAAUCAUCAUGCUUAUAAUGUAAUGUAAGCAUUUUCCCCUCCGACUGUGCCAGCCUGAGUCAGUCCAAGGGGAGUAAAGAGGAAGGAGCUGGGGGCUGGUGCGGCUGCAAUAAGGCUGCUGGCAGCCGGAGGGAGACCUGUCAGUCUCCCUUCAAAAUUUACAGCAAUUCUGACUGCAUGCCCCACCCCUGCAUUAAGGCUCCACCUCCUGAAGGGAAACUCCGACUCCCGCACGCAAGCUCCGCCCGCACGUUGCUGACCCAGUUGGAAAGAAGAGGCCACAUAAUGGCAGCUUCACCUAUCAGUGCCUGGUAAGCUUCUGCCAUGACAGUGAUUGUGUGUGUGCCUGCUAGUGAGUGAGCUUGUGGAUGUGUGUGUGUGCGUGCUAGUGAGUGAGCUUCUGUGUGUGUGUGUGCGCUAGUGAAUGAGCUUGUGUGUGUGUCUGCUAGUGAGUGAGCUUGUGUGUGUGUGUGCCUGCUUUUGAGUGAGCUUGUGUUUGUGUGUGCCUGCUAGUGAGUGAGCUUGUGGGUGUGUGUGUGGGCCUGCUAGUGAGUGAGCUUGUGGGUGUGUGUGUGUGGGCCUGCUAGUGAGUGAGCUUGUAUGUGUGUGUGUGCCUGCUAGUGAGUGUGCUUGUGUGUGCCUGCUAGUGAGUGCGCUUGUGUGUGUGUGCCAGUGAGUGUGCUUGUGUGUGUGUGCCUGCUAGUGAGUGAACAUGUGUGUGUGUGUGUGUGCCUGCUAGUGAGUGAGCAUGUUUGUGCGCUAGUGAAUGAGCUUGUGUGUGUGUCUGCUAGUGAGUGAGCUUGUGUGUGUGUCUGCUAGACGGUGAGCUUGUGUGUGUGUGUGUGUGUGUGUGUGCCUGCUAGUGAGUGAGCUUGUGUGUGUGUAAAAAUGUCCCCUGCUUCCAAAUAGUAAAGGACGUUUUAAUCGGUGAGAUCGUUCCUACAGUCAGGGAGGGGGACUAAAUGGACUCUACCAUUUCACUUUCAGCAUUACAUUAACCAAAGAUUGCUAAAAAAUGAUAUAACAGUUUUAAUAUCUAUAUUUUAGAAAUAUAUGAUUUAACUUUAUUUACUAUAUGUGGGCAUUCUGCAGACAUUCUUUUUGCAAUAUUCAGUACGCUGCACUACUAGUAAUGUAGUAAUGCUUUCGUGGUUAUUGAAAACACCUACAAGCAUGACAUUAGACCAUUUUUAUUUAUCUAUAUUUGACACACCGACUGUGUGUGAGAAAACAGCUAACUGUCAUUUUAUUCAUUAAAUUGUAUGGCAUUUUAUUUAGCAUAACUGGCUUUUAUUCUUGUUAAUCCAUGUCAAACCUGUUGUCAAGAGGAACUAAACUUCUGUUUGUAACCUAUUUUAUUAUUUUAACAGACCGUAAAAUUGGUUGUGCACUUUUUAAUAUAGAAAAUUUUUAAACAUAGAACAUUGGAGCAAAUGUGGCAAUCUAAGCAAAUAUUCAAACAAACCCUCCCUUGAUCAUACACACUUGCGAAUUCCGUUUGAGGACAUGCCAUCGUUAAUCUAGUCACUUUUCAGCUCUGAGUGUGUUUGUUUAAAUACAGAAAGCGUAUGUGUUCAGUCCAAAUGCCAGAUUUGCUAGUUAGAACACUCGUGCAUUUUUUUUCUUUUUUGUAUGAGAAUGCAAUAUGCUACCCUGUUUGUAUUUGUAAAAAAAAAUUUUUGAACUACAAAACAAACAGUGAAUUAAAAAAAUUAAAAUAUUCUUCUAUCACAUCUCAGGGUUGUAGUAUUACUGGGCAGACUCUGUACUCAUGGUCUGUAGGAGACUAAUAAUUGCAGUGAUCUCUUAAAACUUCCUCAUUUCCUGUGAGUGUAUCUCCUGAUCCUUAUAACCACGUGUGUCUCUCCUUACACCCUUUACACCUGACCUCUCUAUCGCCCUGUGUAACUCUGCUUACUCCCUUACCUCCUUGUUUGUCUCAUCAAACACACAAAUUAAUUUUGUGCUUUGCUGAUAUGUUACCUACUGUGAUUGUAGGGCAAGCAUGUCAAGCUCAAAGUCUGGCAUGGGCCACAUAAACAAGAUUUACGUUUAUGCGGGCUGCAAAAAAAAACCCCAACAACCUUAAAGGAGCACUAUGGGGUCAGGAACACAAAUGUAUUCCUGACCCUAUAGGGUUAAAACCACCACUUAGCCCCGCUGGUCCCCUCAUGCCUCCAUAAAUAUAGUAAAUCUUACUUGUAUUCAAGUCUGAAGCUGCAGACUUUGUCCCUGUUUCCUUUAGAUCUGCCCACUGCCUGCUGACAUCAUCAGAAGUGGUAGCAGGGCCGGUGCAAGGACUUUUUGGUACACAGGCGAAGAUGAUUUUGGAGCCCCCCCCCAAAAGCAUCUUCAUCUGUGUGUCUCUUAAUCUGCCUUUUGUUUCUUAACCCCUUUUUUAACUGUCUUACCCCGUUUAGUGUCUUAUCCCCUAUUUUUCCCAAUUGUGUGUCUUACACCUCCCUUGUGUAUCUCUUACAAACCCCCUUUGUAUUUCUUUCUCCCCCCAGCCUCUUUGUGUGUCUCCUUCUCUCUCAGUCCAUUUGUGUCUUUUACUCUUACCAGCUCCUUUAUGUAUUUCUUUCACCAUCAGCCCGUCUAUCUCCCCCGAGCCCCUCUGUGUCUCUUUUUCCUCUUCUCCAACCCCUCUGUGUCUCUUUCACCCCAGCCUCUUUGUAUUUCCACUCACAGGCCUUUUUGUCUGGCGCUUUCAUUCCCAGCCCCUCUGUGGACUUUCUCACGCCAAGGCCCAUCUGUGUGUCUUUCUCCCCCUCAUGUCCCUCUGUGUCUUUCUCCCCACUCAGGCCCCCCUGUGUGUCACUCUCCCCUCCAUGUCCCUUAGUGUUCCUCUCUCCUUCCUUCCAUGUCCAUUAGUGGUCCAAUCCCCUCCCUGUCCAUUAGUGUCCUCUCCCCUCCCUGUCCCUUAGUGCUCCUCUCCCCUCCAUGUCCCUUAGUGUUUCUCUCCCCUCCAUGUCCCUUAGUGUUCCUCUCCCCUCCCUUCCCUGUCCCUUAGUGUUCCUCUUCCCGCUCCCUUACCUGUCUCUUAGUGCCCCCCAUUCCCCAUAAUUUUCCUCCCACCCCCCAUCUUAGUGUUCCUCUCCCUUCUCUUUUAGUGGUCCACCCACUACCUCAGUGUUCAUUUUCCCUUCCCUCCCCUGUUCCUUAGUGCCUCACUUUAAUGUUCCUGUCUCCCCCCUACUGUUCCUCUACCUUCCCUCUUUUUUAGUGUUCUUCCCCCUCCCCUGUCCCAUAGCGUUCUUUCCCCCCUUCCCUGUCCCAUAGCAUUCAUUCCAGCCAUAGUUUCCCUUCCCCCCACCCAUAGUUUUCCUUCUCCCCUCCCAUAAUUUUCCUUCUCCCCAUAGUGUUCCUCCCCCCCAUAGUUUUCCUUCUCCCCCAUAGUUAUUCUUCCCCCUUCCAUAGUUUUCCUUCUACCCCCACCAUAGUGUUCCUUCUCCCCCUCCCAUAGUUUUCCUUCUAACCCCCACCAUAUUGGGCAGACUAGAUGGGCCGAAUGGUUCUUUUCUGCCGUCACAUUCUAUGUUUCCUUCUCCCCCCUUCCCAUAGUGUUCCUUCUCACCCAUAGUGUUCCUUCUCCCCAUAAUGUUCCUUCACACCCCCACCAUAGUGUUCCUUCCUCCUCCUAUAGUUUUCCUUCUCCCACCAUAGUUUCCCUUCUCCCCACCAUAGUGUUCUCUCCCUCCUAUAGUGUUCCUUCUCCCUCCCAUAGUUCUCCUUCUCCCCCACCAUGGUCUCCUUCUCCCCCCUAACUGUCAUUUUAUUCAUUAAAUUGUAUGGCAUUUUAUUUGGCAUAACUGGCUUUUAUUCUUGUUAAUCCAUGUCAAACCUGUUGUCAAGAGGAACUAAACUUCUGUUUAGUUCUCCCUACCAUGGUUUUCCUCUCCCCUUCCCAUAGUACUCUUCUCCCCCCAGAGUGCUCCCUUCUCCCCAUAGUGUUCUUCUCCCCAUAUGUGUUCCUACUCCCAUGUGUUCCCUAUGGUGUUCCUACUCCUCCCAUUGUGUUCCUUCUCCCCCUCAUGGUGUUCCUACUUCCCCAUGGUGUUCCUACUCCCCUCACCUGGUGUGCUCCUACUUCCCUGGUGUUCCUACUUCCCCAUGGUGUUCCUUUCCCCCCCAUGGUGUUCCUCCCCCCCCAACCCCAUGGUGUUCCUACUCCCCCCCAGUGGCUUGUGCCACCUUAUGGACGCACAGGCCCUAAGUGGUAACCUGAUCCAAUCACAAUGCUUCCCCAUAGGAUUGGCUGAGACUGACAAGGAGGCAGAUCAGGGGCAGAGCCAGCACACCUGGCUAAUCAGCAUCUCCUCAUAGAGAUGAAUUGAAUCAAUGAAUCUUUAUGAGGAAAGUUCAGUGUCUGCAUGCAGAGGGAGGAGACACUGAAUGUUUCGAUGCAUUUUAGGCAGCCAUGACCUAGGAAGGAUCUCUAACAGCCAUCUGAGGAGUGGCCAGUGAAGUUAUCACUAGUCUGUAAUGUAAACACUGCAUUUUCUCUGAAAAGACAGUGUUUACAGCAAAAAGCUUAAGGCAAUGAUCCCUAUACUAAAUCCCUGUCCCCCAUAUACUGAAUCCCAGUCCCCCCAUAUACUAAAUUCCAGUCCCCACCCCCAUAUACUAAUCCCAGUCCUCCCCCUCUACUAAAUCCCAGCACACCCCCUCUAGUCAACAAGCAGAAUCCACUCACAUUGCUGCUGCCAGUAUGCGACUCCUCUGGUAUACUCCAAAUGGCACCGUUUGCACCCUGUGCCAAAUCUGAUCCUCCCACUACUUCUUGAAACCCUGUGAAGGUGGAGCACGUUGAUGUCACGUUGGAAUGUGACGUGGCGUUGUGUGCCUCCUUGCACCUCCAGGUACUCCACUGUACAGUCGCAGCCAAUGCAACACUGACCAACACACACUCACUGACAGGCACACAUAGACACUGACAGACACACAGACACACAAACUCAGUGACACACACACUUACACAUACACUACAGAUGGUGCGCGCGAGGGAGCAGUGAGAAGCAGGAACACUGAGCUCCCUCGCUGGCCCUCCUCCCCAGCCGGGUAAGUUUUAGCAGAGUAGGCACCUGCAAUGUGGGGGAAAGCAGGUGCCUACUCUGCUAUAACACCAGCAUGUACUCGCGGCUCGCCGUGCCGCAAAGAUUUCCGUUGCCGCGAGUUUGACAUGCUUGUUGUAGGGCAACCAAGGUAGAGCCUGUGCAUGUUUCUAGGCCUGGCCUGUCAGUCUCUUGUGUGAGAUUAAACAAAAUAUAGGGCUUGAUUUAAUAUUUUUGGAUGAGCUUUUUCAAAUUAUUUAAUAUUUUUAGAUACAUUUUUAAUAAUGUUUUUUCCAAAAUAUCAAUAUAUAUAUAAAAAAAUUAAAUAUCAAAAUAUUAUUAUAUUUUUCAAAUAUUGGUAUAUGUAAUAUACCAUGGCUAUAUAUAAAAUAUUUUUGAUAUUUUAAUAUUUUGAAAAAUAUAUAUAUAGAGUUUAUCCCAUAAAUUAUUCGAAAAGCUUAUUAAAAAAAUAUUAAAUCUAGGCCUAGUUGGAGGUUGAAGUUGCACUGGCAAACUUGCAGAGUGACAGUGCGAGGAAGGGAUGCUGUGUACACCAAUCCCCUCUUUAUGUGCUACUGCUCCUGUAAGAAUUUCUUGUAAACUUUUUAUUUUUUAUUUUUACAGGUCAUCAGGGUCCAUUCUGUGUCUAGCCAAAAGAGAAUCAUUGCUGAAACCAAAUGUGGACAGAUUUUAUCCUUGCCAUACAAGUUGCAAAGCUUGAAAUUCUUAUUACCUCCAGUGACUAAUCCAAUUCAAGGUAAAUUCCAUUUUCCACAUGUCACAUGUUAAACCCCCCGUAAGUUCAUUUGUCAUGGAUCUCUAGGUCCCUGGAGUUCACUGCUGGAGUAUGAGCUCAGCUACGGGAGACCAGCAAGUCCUACCCAGGUGAAUUAACUUUGUUCUUCAAGCAGCUCAAAGCUGCAUCAGCAAUCCAUAGGUCAGACUGCUGAAGAUCAAAUGGCAAAUACGUAGCAAGAGGGCUUUUUAUUAAAUAGCAAAUUUGUAGCAACUAAUUCUGCAGUUUAAAGCAAUCAGACCACAUUUUUCACCAGGUUAAAGAAACUUAACGUUAAAAUUAUAUGGUUUUGUUGCAAUCUAAAUCAAGCCACAUAAGCCCUGAAUUGGAACUGAAGGACAAUUACAAGUCUCAACUUCUAGCCCUGGCUCGUUUUAUUUUGCUAUUUCCUUACUGGACAGUUGUGUAUCACAAGUAACUAUCCCCUAUAAUCACUGAGAGACCUCCUAUCACUGAGAGACGUCAUUAAAUCCUUCUGCACCUUAAACAUUAGGGUGCAAUCAAAGAAGCCACCGUUGAAGGUGAAAACUUAUAUUUGGGUCUCUAGAUUAUUAUUAUUAUUAUUAUUAUUAUUAUUAUGUUACUGUUUAUAUAGCUGUAUCUUCCUUGUUUUAUACUAGCCAUUAACUACUGAAACUGUAUCAUACUGAGCUGUAAUAUAGCUAAGAUAAAUGUGUCACACAGAAUUCCGAAGUAUAAUAUUAUCCACACCAAUCACAGCUCUGUGUAAGGCAGUGCAUUUCAGUAACUGGCAUAUAACCUAGCCAGCUAAUCAAAAAAGGUUUAAAUUUGAGGCACUUUCCCUUUAAGAAAAAAAUAUAAAUAUAUAUAUAUUUAUUAUUAUAUUAAAUUUUUUUUUAAGAUUUAUCUUUAAUAAAUCCUGCUUCUAGUCUUCAGUUCUCUAAUGAACACUGAAAAUGUUAGUUUUAAAACUGAAGUGCACUUUUUCUUACAUCAAGGGUUACUUAACUUGUAUUUUGCCAUGCAAUCAUUUUUCUUACUGAAAAUCAACAUCCUUGCAAACUAUCGAGGUUAAAAUACAUUAACUAUAUGUGCGUAUCCUUUGUCGAAAACGUAGGUAGUCAAUCAUCUGAACAUUACUUUAAAAUAUAAACUAUUUCAAAAUAUUUAUUUAUUUUUAUAAACAAUAUGUUGUUUUUUUUCCAAUCAGUAAGAUAACUGUAAGUAUAAAGGCGCAUACCUCUGAGGCCACUGGGUUUCUGUUAAGUUGACCUCUUAAAUUUUAUGCUUUGAAAAGUAAAUAAAAAUUGCCUACUAAAAUUGCGUCAUAUUUCUUAUAGAUUAACUUUGUUCUAUUAUCUCAAAUGCAUUAACUAACUGCUCAAGCAGAUUUAUUCUUACGUUUUUAAAAUUGGGCUAAUAUGACAGUGUGACUCAAACGUUUUUUUGUAGUGAUUUGUGUUUUGUGCAUGGCAUUUUGAUGGCAUUAUCCAUAAUGAUCCAUAAUUCUUAUAUAAUGUUAUACCAUCCCCACUUGGUAGGUUGGAUUGGAAGGUAGAGGACAUACAUACUGUCAGAUUGACACAGUGGUAAUUGGAGUGGGUUGGGGGUUAGAAACUUUAGGACACUCUAGCCAUGGAGAGCAUUGGAGAUGGGGGUUUAACCUUAUUGGAACUGGAUUGGAUUUAUUUAUUUUUUAACAGGGAAAUUUUUUUUCCCCUUUCAAUACCAGUGUAGAAAGCACUGCCCAACAUUACUCUGUGCUGUGCCUGGGUAGCUUGGCUCGAGUCACAUGUAUACAUUAGAUGCAGACUGUAUGCAAAAUAAAAUGUUUACACUCCCAAACUGCAAAGCCAACUCAUAAAUAGCUAAUGGAGUCGUAGUUUCUAUGAAUUUUUAUGGAACAGUUUUGCUAACGUUAACCCCUCCCCCCUGCCCUUCUUUUUUAUUGUGGCAGAGACACAUAGUUAAAAUCUUUUUAGCAUAAAUGUGUUUAGCUACAUAGAUGGAAAAAAUUGUGUUGGACACUAUGAAAUUAACUCCUUUGCAUCUGGGAUGAGGUCAAAACUUUUUCUUCUUUUUAAAUCAAACCUAAUUCAGUACGUGUUCACCCUAAUCGCUUUGGUUUUUUUAAUGCAGGUUUUAAGGUCCGAAUUCCCAUGACGUUGGAAGAAAUAUUAGCCAAGUACAGCCUACCUAUCACUGUUUACUCUGCCAAGCUCCUUUCUUAUAAGGAGAAGGGUGAUAUCAAAGCUGGGAAUGGAAUGGUUUCUGAACUUACAUUACAAGACGCUUACGAUGAAUCAUUUCUGCUUGGACAUCCCAUUGAUAAGGGUAAAUGAAACCAAAAAUCAUGUCUUAUAUGUUUAUAAAUAAUUUAAUAAUAAGGGCCAUUGAUUCAUACAUUUGUUUAACUCCUAAUGCUGAACGGGUAUCAUCAGGAAGUGAAAAUAUUAAUAUUACACAACUGUAGAAUAGUAAAAAAAUAAAAAUGUAUGUUGGCCAGUCAUCUUCUAAUUAUUGUUCUGAAAAUAUUUUUUAUAACACCAGGCUACGGUACUAAAAUAAAAGAUUUAGAGUAAAAUAUGUAUUAAUUUAUGGUAAUUAUAAAUUAUACAUUUUAUUUUAAACAUUCUAAGAAUAUUGUUAUAAGAAUCUUACCAAUGGAAAAUAUUAUUCAAUCAAAACUUUAAUUACAAAGUAGAUACCAAAAUACCAGGUAGCUAAACCAAGGCUAAAAGACAAAGGACUACUUUAUUUAAAAAGAGCAAUGCAGAACGGAUGGUCUAUAUCAAACCGUAUAUAUAUGCACAGACCAUAGAUAUGGCUGAAACUGGCAUGGAUUAACUGAGUGUAAAAAACUCAGGGUUACAGAGUUUAGGCGUUAGGUGUUGAUGGAGUUAGAGUGAUAGAAGGGAAGGAGAUGGGAUGGGGGAGAAAGUGGUCAUGAUGGUGAGAGAAAACAGGUUUAGGGAACAUAUGCCCCUAACUGAAAAAACAAUACAGUUAAAAUGUUAAAUUCAAAAAAGAAAAAACACGAAGAAAGAAACAAAGUGUGUUAUGUGUACAAAAUAAUACAUUUGAGAAGAUAAUUAUGCUAUUGUUAGGAUAGUGGUUAAGUGCAGCCAGUAUGUAUACCAUCUAAAAACAGUGUAAGGAAAUUAUUUUAGAUGGUUUAAUUAGAUGGAAAGUCUAAGACACUGAUGGUUGAUGGGGUUUGAAGAUAUUUAAGAAUUCUUUUAUAAAGUAUUUUAUUGCUAUUUUAUGUAUUUUCUGCUAGUUAUGUCACAUUGGCUAUUUCUAUAGAAGUUAAGAUACAAAUACCGAAUUUUAGUAGAAUUAAAGCAGAAUUUUUUAUGUGUUUUAAAAUGCCGAUUAAUUGUUUUAUUUUAUUUAUAAAGGAAAGAUAUUUGUAGAAGAGCCCAUUAUGGUUCCUAUGUACAUGACGGAGCUCAAACUGGUGGUUGCAAUGGGACUUAUGGAUGAAAACAAUAUAAAGUGGAAAGAGAUGUGUGAAAAGUUAACUUUUGAAGUACAAAGUAAAGGGCAUUCGUCAGAAGCCACAUUUCAGGGUAAGUCUCGGAUUGUAAUGUUAAAAAGCAGGGCUCCAUAGUUCUACACUAGUAGUCAGGAUUAAAAGUUACUCACUGAUGGAAGUGUGGAGGACAUAUUAACCAGGAGUGAACUUCUACUUGCCACUGGUGAGCAGCAAUAAUUAGAAUUUUCUUUCCCUGCACAAAAGGAUUAAAAACAAAUCAAAACACAGCAACAUAACAGGACAACCUAGACUGAAUUGUUGUGGUAAGGGUGGGUGAGAUCCUGGGAUCGAGGUGUCUUAAAUUUAUCAAGUGAGUGAGAACAACUAUUUUACCAAGCAAUCAGGGAAGGUCCACAGGAUCUUUAAGGCAGGCUCUCCCUAAACUAACCCCAAAGCCCACCAAACCCAAAGCUACCCAAAUUACAGGUAAGUACCUAGCCAAAAUCUACAGCGAUUUCUAAGUGCUCCUAGCAUCUUUUUAAACCAUUGCUCUACAGAGUAUAAUACAUUCGGUGUGUUUUCCUAACUGUCAAUGUUGGAUGAUUGUCCACUACUGGAUCACCGCUUUGUCUGGACUGCAGGAAAAGGGUCAUUUGUAUAUCUUAGGUGUAAUGAGUAUACAUAGCUUUGAAUGUGCUGGCUUCCUGUUGUGGCUGCUUCGGCUUAGAAUAGAGAGAUUUUAGCUUUAUUGAAACAAACUGUGGCAUGUUCAGUCUGUUGUGACACUCGUGUUGUAAUGUGUGUUGUAUAGACAAAGGCUUGCAAUAGAAUAAUUGACAUCGGCCUCAGUUUGACAAGUUUUCUAAACGAUUCAGUAAUGUUAGAAAAAUGUCUAUUGCUUUAUCUACAAGAAUUCCCAUAGACGUUAAUGGUGACUAAUGUAGAUAAAUCGCUUAGAAACUUUUCUAACUAUAUUAAAUAAUUUAGAAAGCUUCUUAAAGGCACACUAUAGUCACCUGAACAACUUCAGCUUAAUGAGGUUGUUCAGGUGAGAACUAUGCUCCCUGCAGCCUUUCUCAUGUCAACACUGUAUUUUCUGAGAAAAUACAGUGUUUACAUUGAAAGCUAGGAACACCUCCAGUUGCAGUCACUCAGAGUGAACCAGAGGGACUUCUGAGUUGAUUGAGGCAUACAACUCCUCAAUCCACUCAGAUCUGCUGUCAGCAGAGCACAGGGCAGCACUGGGUCUCCUCACUCUGCAUGCAGACACUGAACUAUCCUCAUAGAGAUUCAUUGAUUCAAUUCAUCUCUACGAGGAGAUGCUGAUGGGCCAGGGCUGUAUGUGAAUCAUGCUGGCUCUGCCCCUGAUCUGCCUCUUUGUCAGUCUCAGCCAAUCCUAUGGGGAAGCACUGUGAUUGGAUCGGGCCACCACUUCUUAUGAUGUCAGCAGACUGCUUUUUUUUUUUUUAGGCAAACAGGAUGCAGAUUUACAGCUUCUGGCUUGAAUACAGUAAGAUUUUGCUAUAUUUAUGAAGGCAUGAGAGGCCCAUGGGCGCUAGAUGGUGGUGUUAACACUAUAGGAUCAGGAAUACAUGUAGCUGCACUGGUGACUAUAGUGUCCCUUUAAAUUGAGGCCAUAAUUAGCAAUACAAAGUAUAUAUAAAAACAAAGGCUUUGAUUAAGUGACACUAUAGGCACCCAGCCCACUUUAGCUCAUUGAAGUGGCCUGGGUGCACGGUUUCAGGUCCCUUAAUUCUGCAGUGGUAAUUACUGCAAUUGUUAACAAACUGCAAUAAUUACCUUAAAGGGUUAACUCCACCUCUAGUGGCUGUCUACCAAACAGCCGCUAAAGGGACUUCUGGGUCACCUAACAGACGCUAGACAUUCUCACGCUUUGCAUGAGGACAUCCUGCAUUAAUCAAAACCCCAUAGGAAAACAUUAUACAAUGCUUUUCUAUGGGGGAAGUCCUAAGGCGAGUGCGGCCAUUGUAGCGAAGGUGAAGCCUGAACCAGCACCGAGGGACAUCGGAGCUGGAAUCUGAGUUUUUAACCCCUUCUGCACCAAGGGGAAGGAGAGGGAGCAACAGAGGGGGGAACUAUAGGGAGCUAUAGUGCCAGGAAAACAACUAUAGUUUCCCUUUAGUUAAAUCUUUUCAUAACUAAAUAUUAUGUUUGUUUAUUUUUGUUAACAUAAUUCUAUCUGGUACAACUGUUUGUAAAUUUGUUUGUUUGUGUAUUCUUCCAAGUCUGUGACUGGGUGUCCCACAUGGAAAUGUCCCCAAUAAAUGUAGCACAUGCUCAUCUUUGGAGUAGCCUCAGGGCAUUGAGCGUAUGUCAGAGUGCUUCAGAAAUACCCUGAGUGGGUUCAGCCGGACAGGCUGUUAGUUAUCCAUGUACAUCAGGAUGACAAAACCACUUUGUUUGUUGGGUUUCCCAUUUUACAGCCUAGUCCUCCCUCCCCCUUCUUGCCCACCCACCAGCCUGUCUAAUUUCCAUAUCAUCAUUAUUGGGAGUUAUGUUAGUUUGUACUGCUCUUUAACAGUAUACAAAUAUGUGGCAUCAUUAGUGUAGCAGAUCCCCAGGUAACCCGACCAGUUAGUUCCCUUCCUUCAGCCGAUCAGGAACUCUUACAUGGUUAUGGGACUUAGCUCUGUGCGCUCCCAGAAAGGGAUGGCACUCAGUCCUGGAAGCUCUUAGUCCUUAGAAGGACUUUCCCUGGCUGCAUCCCCUGCAAGUUAGAACUGCAGACACAGGGGUUAAAUCUUCCUCCCCUCCGGUAACUAGACAAGACACAGUUCAGGUCCAGAAAAGUCUACCAUAGUUCCAACCCCCCCCCCCCCACACACACACACACACACACAUUUUUAACAUUACAAAAGGGCUUAAUUGAUUGUAUGAAAGGACACACCUUACAACCUGACUCCAACAGAGCUAUUCGGUAAGGUGUGAGAAGUCACAACUUAAUGCCCUGGAAGCCUGGUUUGCCUCUUAGAUAGGAAGUCCUUUGACAUAUUAAUGCUAAUCAGCUUUUAGGAACAAACAACCCCUUGUGUUUCAAUAUCAUAUCCAGCACAAUCUUCCAAUCCAGCCCAAAUAUGAUUUGCCUUUUAGAUAGGGAGAUCCCCGAGAUGAGGAUCUGAAACAAUGCAGGCAAGCGAGUGGGCAUAAGUGGGUAUGGUACUCAGUGACGGCGGUCCGUCACAAUUAGAGAGAGAGAAGAUAGACGAUCUGUGUGUCUUUCAGGGCUUGACUGAUAGUUGCAAGAGAUGUAUUGACAUAAGGCGGAAGUUUUACUUUCCAGCCUAACUAUCUCUAGCUAGCAUAUUGAUCUUAAACUUAAGGAUACUAACAAAUAUAUUGAGGUUUUAAAACUUGUGCACUUAUAGAUUCACCCCAGUAGAGUGCGCUGCUGGUUUAUAUAAUUCAGUCCAAUAGGAAUUGAUUAUUCAAAUCCAGACUAGAAACUGGAAAUUGGAUUUGAAUAGAAAUUCUGAUGAAGAUGUCAGUGGGUUGAUUUAGUAGUUUUAUAAUAACCCCUCUGCUAUCUAUUGUUAAGUCAUUGUCCACCAGAGAUUUCCACUAUUAACCAUGUUCGUCGCUGCCUUUAUGAGAUACAUCAUGUCAUUGUUGACAAUACUGAGCUAAGGGCUAUACACCUCCUCACCUGCCACAAGAAAAACUGGCCAUGGAGAAAAGACUGAUGGGGAUUCUAUAUUACCAGAUAAAACAUAAAAAAAAAGAAAAAAAAAAGAUUAAGAUAAUAAAAUAAUUAAAAAAUAUAUAUAAUAAAAUGACCAGAAUGAUUCCCCUGCUUUCUCCACAUACACAUUGGCAUGCAGGGUUGAAGACUGGGCAAAUGCCACAUAAUCAUUCUGUCGCUUGUUCCCAUUGCUCUAGUGCAUGCUUCCUCAAAUUCCGGCCCUCCAGAUGUUGCUGAACUACAACUCCCAUGAUUAUCAGCCUAUUUCAUUCAUAGAAUCAUGGGAGUUGUAGUUCAGCAACAUCUGGAUGGCUGGAAUUUGAGGAAGCCUGCUCUAGUGCAAUGAACCCUAAAUGUCCAAGUCAUUGGGCCCAUGUAACAAAGAACCAGGUCAGCACAGGUUUCUGCUCUUGAUUGCAAAUCUCUGUCACCUUUUCAUAAAAGAGUAAAAUAAAACUCUCGUCCAAUUAACUCAAUUCUCAAAUAUACCAUGGUUUUAGAUCUACAUAUAUAAGGCAUAUUUAGAUAAACCAUACCACACACACAUAGCAACGCAAAUAUUUUUUCUACAUUCCCCUCUCCCAGAAUUCUAUGCAAAACAUGCAAAUAACUAUUCACAGCGUCACCUGUUAAUUUUUUCCAUAAAUGUAUACUAAUAUAAGGAUUAUUCUAGAGCUUUUUAAUCUUUUGCCGUGUUCUACCCCUCUAUCAACACAUUCUACCAAACCAAUGCGUGCUGACCCAUCUAUAUAUAACCAAAUCAGGAUAGCACUCUCAGGGCUUGUUCAAAAAAACCUUAACUUUAAAGAUCAACAUUUCAGUUUGAUAUGCUCAAACAGAAAUGUCGAUUCUUAAAGUUAAGGUAAUAAAAGUUAAGUUUUUUUGAACAAGUCCUGAGAGUGCUAUCAUGAUAUGUUCUUUUUGUAUUUUGGCUUGACAAGCACCAGGCAAGCAAUUGGAUUGGAAGGAGUGCAAGAUUAUUUUUGUUUAUAUAUAUAUUAUAUUAUUUAUUUAUAAAAUAUUUUACAAGGAAAGAUACAUUUAGAUUUCUCUCGCUUCAAGUAUGUCCUGGGUCCACAAAUCAUUGCAAUGUUACAUUAGGGUACAAUAAAAUACAAAAACAAUAUUAAUACACAAUAAAUACAAAAUUUUACAUAGAACAGGUAGGAAAUAUAUAAUCAACCAUGACACGUGCAUUCUGUUUUGAGGUAUGUAAAGAGGGAUCUUAAAGGACUUUAGGGAAGAUUUUAAAUUGUGCGGGAGGUCGUUCCACAAUUGCGGUGCUCUGUAGGAGAAGGAGGAUCGGGCUGCUUUCUUUUUGUAUUGAGGUAGACUAAGUAAAGUGCUUGUACUGGAUCGGAGGUUAUAGAAAGUGGGAACAGCCGGGGAAAGCAUUCUGCUCAGGUAGGGUGGGAGCUUCCCAGAAAAGCUCUUAAACACAAAGCUGGAAAGAUGAAGGGUGCGUCUGGAUUCCAGCGAUAGCCAGUUUAGUUCUUUUAGCAUGUCACAAUGAUGGGUCCUGUAAUUACAUUGUAGCACAAAUCGGCAGAACGAGUUCUACAAUGUAUUGAGUUUAUUAAGGUGAGUUUGCAGUGCAGGUGCAUAUACUACAUCCCCAUAAUCAAUGAUUGGCAUUGUAUUAUAUAUAUAGUUAAUCAAUGCAACUCUAUGUUUAACAUGCAGUCUAAUAAAGUCAAUUUCUCUCUUUCUGUCUCCCCAGAAAUAUUCAUGCUGGACAAGAAAAACCUUUCCCCCCAAGAGCCAAAAUACAACAGCAUUGAGCCAAUAUACAUUGACAUUAGCGAGGUGCGAAAUGAUUCAACGGUGUAUCUUCCAAACAUAGGAAAACUGGCUGUGGAGAAAAAGCAUGGUACAUUAAAUGCAGUCAAGAAACCAGUAAACCAAUUACCGGAAGCUUUAAAGUCAGAGACUCCAUCAGCUAGCGGUUUCACAACACUUUCCAGUAUCCCAGCAGAUCUUCAUCAUCUGACUGUUAGCCAGGUUUGUGAGUGUCUGGUGUUACUCAACAUGAGCCAGUAUGUGAAGGCUUUUGAAGGAGCCCAGGUAGAUGGCCAACUCCUGUACGAUUUGGAUCACGAGAUGAUGAAGGGCUGCUUGGGAAUGAAUGGACUGAACAUGGCAAAGCUCGUAAAAUUUCGGAAUGGAUGGAGGCCCAAUCUGCAGAACUGAUUGACCACAGUCCACUCUGCAAUGAAGAUACCAAAAGUCAAACUCGACACUUUGACUGCAGCGCCCCAUGAAACUAUGUUUGUGGAUAGAGCUAACGGCAUAGUCAGUAGAAGAGCCUGGUCCAAACAUGGACUGAUAAGGAGUACUGUUGAUUCUUCCAUCUGGGUCAGUCUGAAGAGACUACAUGGAAAUAUUCUCUAUUUUUCUUUCUUUAUGAUAUUCUCAUGCGUGCGCAGUCUUUUUUCCAUUUUGUUUAUGAGUUUUUUUUGUUUUGUUUUUUCAAAGAUGAAUAUAUUAACCAAGACACAUUAUUUGAUCCAUGUGUGCUGAACGUGUGCUGCUCGAUUUUUCCCAACAAUGUCCUAGUUUAGGGAACGAUGUACAACUAACUCAAGUAACGAAAUAUAUAUAUAUAUAUAUAUAUUUUUACUCUUUUCUUUCUACACUUGUGAGCUAAUUCAUUUUAAUUCAUUAGUUCAUUUAUUAGUUAAAAACUUGCACUUUCCUGUUGGUUUCCCUAACCUCAGCUCUCAGUGAAACAUUGACUUCCAGGUUGGAUGGAACUAACAGUGGAAACGGAGAAGGGUAAAUUCUGUAUUAUCAAUAUGGCUGAAUGGUGGUAAGCUUUGGGUGCUGGAGAGAGCGACAAAAAUUGUAGGACAUUGCCCAUGUAAAACCCUAUAGGAAAGCAUAAUACCAUGCUUUCCUAUGGGGGAAAUACGAAUGCGCAUUAGGUCUCCCCGCCGGCUGAUGUUGACGAGGGAGGAACGAAGGCGGAGCCAGCACUGAGGGACAUCUGCGCUGGACUCAGGUAAAUGACAGAAGCGUUCUUAAACCCCUUCUGCACCACAGGGGAAGGGUGGGGGCGCAACAGGGGUGGGGGAGGAGCACUAGAGGCACUAUAGUUUCCCUUUAAGGAAGCUUAUUCUCAACUACAACUGCAUUCACACCACCUAGAACGUCACGACUGGCCACCUCUUUGCAAGAUUAAUGGAAAAGCCAAUAUAGAAACAUAUAGAAAAAUAAUUACGUAAGGACUAUCUAUAAAGAAUAUCUGAUUGUUAAACUAUUAAUUAUAAUACUCAAGGUGCUGUCACAACUUGUGUUUUCAACAGUAGCACAUUUUCUUGUCAUAAUAACAUUUUUAAAACUACUACUACUGCUACCACUGCCAAGAGUGAACUACUCGUAUUUUUUCCUUUGGGGGGGGGAGGGAGGUGGUGAGGGGGGUUGGGAAUAUGGUUAUCUUGCAAGUUUCCAUUAUAAAUGGUAGGCUUACACCCUACAGUAUUGCCGUACUAUCAUUUCCCAUCUCGGUCUAAAACUACAGCACAGACUGACUCAUUGAUAAUCAAUGCUGGCUGUUUGGUUAACCCUUUGAGAGCAUUUGAGCAUGUGUAGAAUUUGAGUUGUUUGUAAAAAAUGCCCACUCUGAACGCACCUCAGACAUGCAUCAUCUGAUCCUAGUGGUAGUUUCUGAAACGCCCUAUUUAAUCUCCAGCAGGGCAUGUGAGUAGGGACUUCCUGUAUAUAGUAGUUCAAAAGUCUAAUAAAGAGUACUUAAAGAGACGCCUAGAGGUAAAGAAUGGGCAAUUUUUACAUAAUUACAUAAUUUUUACAUAAAGAGAUACUUAAUUAGCUAUGUGUUUUGCCACCCUUUGAGUGCCAGACUUGCACCACAACAUGACUUUGCAAUAUGCUGGUCCAAUCUCUGAUACUCAAAGGGUUAAACAAAAGAAAUAAUGUUUUGGGUUUUUUUUUUUUUACAGCUAUUUUGAUAUUUCAUAUGAGUCUAAUGAAAUCAGGAGCACAGGUUUUCAUAGAAAGGGGGUGGAGUCAAAUUCCAUUGGUGGUGCCUGGUGCCCCACCAACUUGAAGCUUCACCAGCCGCCACUGGUAUUAAAAUAAUCAUAGUUCAAAUUUGAUUUAAUUGAAAUCCACAAUUUAAACAGAAUAAUUUUGCAGUAAAGUCAUUAUAGCAUCUAGCUAUCGAAAGAUCACCUUUUCUGAGCUACCGGUGAACAAUGAACAAUUUAGUACGUGAUUUGGGUCAAUUCAUUCAUUUUCCUGAAUACCUAAUGAGUAUUUCUAUAUAUUUCUGAUCUGAGAGUUAUCAGAUCCACGAGGGUUUUUACUUGUUUUUAUGUCAGUAUAUUAAAAUACGUUGGCUUUAAUUUCAGAUGACUUGUGAUCUUUGAAUCCCAUUGCUCCAAUCCCUAUUUCUAUAUUUAUUGCAUUUGUUUGAAAUUAAUAUUUUCAGAGCUCGCUGCUCAUGCGCAUCAGUUCCCCCCAAUCGGAUGAUGUCAGAGGAGGUGGACUGGGAAAGUGAAUAAUGCUUUUUUAACACUUUACAAUACUAUCGAUCCCGGGGGGGGGCGAGGGGGAUCUCUGGGGCAGAGGAACGUUAGUGUUAGGAAUACAUCAUUAUGUGUUCCUAACACUAAAGUGUUCGUUUAAAAGGCUGUUCUUUAGCAUUUUAUACAAGUGUGAAGAUGGUAUAGAUAUAGACACUGUGCAUUUAGAAUGAUUUGUCUGAUUAGGAAACUGUCAAUUUAAGUCACUAGCUAGUUAUUCACUAAAGUGUGAAUUGUCAGGAAUUCAAAGUAAAAUAUAGUAAAUCAUAAGAAAUUUUAAAAAACAUAGCUGUCUUUGAGAUUUUUUUUUCCAAUCAAUCUAUUAUCGAUUGAAAUUAACUUUUAAUUCAUCUUCCUUUCUCGAUAAUUUCACAACUCUGUAA